CUAGUAAACAAUACAAGGAGUGAAUGAGUUUCUGCUUAAUAAAUAAAACUAUGGUGUUAGUUUGAACAGGAGGGCGGCAGACACGGUUGAAAGUCAGAGUAAAAUGUCUAAAGGUGAGAUUCUGAAAGGAUUUGUCACCGAGAGACUCGCCGCUGCCUCCCAGGAAAUCUUAGCGGUUGUAGACAGACUCGUAGCCGGUUACGAGGAGGAGGCUUCGGGCUUCAGACAGCAGAUCGAGCGGCAGAGGAGGCAGCUGGAGCUCCUCCGGCAGCCUCGGGUCUCUCUCAGCAGAGCAGGCGUGAAGCGCAGCAGGAGCCUCUGCCCUGUUGAGGAAGACGAGGGUGAAAAUGAGGAAGACGCGUCUCCUCCUGAGCAUCCAGAGAACCUGCAGGACUCGACUGAUCAGACUCCAUCAAGAGGUCAGUAUAAGAAGAGGAAGCCUGGCAGACCUCAGAUCAGUGAAACACAGAGCCAUGUGGAUCUCAGGAUCCGGCUCCUGGAGGACUCUCAGACCGUCGUGCUGUCAAACAGUGUUCUUCAGAAAUGUCCGCUGUUGAGGCUGAAGUGUCCUCGAGGCCUGCAGGAGCCAGACUUCCUGGACUUGCUGAAGUCUUCCUUCCCUCAGCUGUCCAGAGACAACGAACCUUUUGACAUCUUAACGUCCGACAAGAGACGGAGGUUACAGCCUCUGAAGCUGGAGACACUGACACCAGAGGAGAUCCAGAGAAGCAUCAGCUGCACGGGAGGGGGGAGGUCAGCACUCUUUGUCCGACUGAAGACGCAAAAGGAACCUCAGGCCAGCGAGAAGGAGAUUCAUCAGACGAAAGACAACAUCACUGAACCCGCUCUGUCCACCUCUGCCAUGUCGACGUGUGAUGAAACAAGCAGCCAUGUUCAGGAAGUCGAGGGCAGCAGAGUUGGCUUCGUGUCCAGCGGUUCAACAUCACAACAAGAGAUGGAAACAGAGGAAGCUGACGAUGAGGGUCAUACAUCAGGACCAGCCGAGGACUCUGUGGCCUGCUUCACCGCUGAGAGUAAAGGGGACGGUAGCGAUGGCAUCGAAAAGGAAGAAGAAAGAGAAGAGGCGAACGACAGCGACGGCGAGUGGAAACCAGAGAAGAGUGACGAGGAGCUGAAGGAAAGUGACCCUGGACCGCAGUCAAAGACGACAAAGAAACAAAAAGCCGGACGUUCCGGUGUCGAGACGAAGACCGAGAGCAGUGACGCCGUCCUGUCCUGCAAAGUCUGCGGGGUUCUGCACAAAUCAGAGGUCACGUUCGUCAAACACGCCCGGAGUCAUGUGGAUGAUCCAGGAAGUGUUUGCGGCGUGUGUGGAGAGCGUUCAGAGUCCGCGGAGGCGUUGGCGGAUCAUCUGAGUCAUCACAGAACUGACGACUGUCACAUCUGUGGCGAGCCCUUCCUCAGUGUUCUCAGCCUGAGUGAGCACGUGGCUGCGCACUCAGGAGAGAGGCCGUACGAAUGUGACGUUUGCCCCGACGCGUUUGCAUUGAAGGUGUCCCUGGAGAACCACCAGAAGCUCCACAAGGCUGGAAAACUGCACAAAUGUUACACCUGCCACAAAAUGUUUGAACUGAGAGAGCAGUUAAAAGCUCACCGCAGGACUCACGCCAACCAAAAGACGCACCUCUGCGGUGUGUGCGGUAAAUCCCUCAGCGACUACAGAUCCUUGUCCCGCCACAAGAUGACCCACUCUGGGGAGAGACCACACAGCUGCGAGAUUUGCGGGAGACGUUUCAAACUUCCCGGGACGCUGAGACAACACGAGAAGAUUCACACAGACAGAGAGAGAUCGUACCUCUGCGACGUUUGCUGCAAAAUGUUCCUAACGAGCAAGCAGCUGCAGAUCCACAUGAGAACGCACACCAACGAGAAGCCGUACCACUGCGGCGAGUGCGGCAAGGGAUUCACCACCAAAUCACCUUUGACCAUUCACAUGCGGGUCCACACCGGAGAGACACCGUACCGCUGCCCGGACUGUGGCUUGUGCUUCAAACGCAAGAUUAAUCUGGAUAACCACGCGACGGUCCACUCGGGCCACAAACCGUUCGUGUGUGGGAUUUGUGGGAAAGCGUGUGCUCGCAAAACGUACUUGACGGUCCACAUGAGGACCCACAACGGGGAGAGGCCAUACAAGUGUACCCUGUGUGACAAAGCCUUUACCCAGAGUCACUGUCUGAAAACACACAUGAAGAGCCACCUGGUGGCAGAAGCUGCGUCAUGACGCUUCACCAAUUUCAUAUUUUCUCUUUCUUCUUUAAAAAGAACCGUGAGAAAGUGAAUUUUUCUGUUUUCCUCUAUUUAAUUUAACAUUCCUUCAAGUGAUGUAAAUGCCGCUUUACAGUGUGCAGAGAAACUGUGUGAGAUGACAUAGAAUCGUCUGUCAGAUGGACUGUAGUGUGCACAGCGAUGCUAGCAGCUCUGAGUGGAAUGCUAAUGUCAACAUGCUCACAAUGACAGUGUGAAA